UCAAGUUGGGACCAGCCCAACUACAGUUGGGACAAUUCUAAAGUUGGAACGGAACACAUGCAUCUGUUAAAUUCUGUGCUCCUUGAGAUUCUGUCUCCAAAUCAGUGAGUGAAUGUGGACGUAGCCCAUCAAAUAAUUCGUAAUCAUCAUUUAGCUCUAACUAACUCUCUAGUCUGCUCUUCAAUCUUGCUCCGGAGCGGAGUCCUCUCACCAACUGACCACAAGAAGCACAUUCCACCGGUCCAUUCCACAUGAUUCCACCCGUCUAAAAACCGUCUCAACUCGGGAAUGCAGGGGCGGAACUUACGAAGUACCAGCACUAAAAAUAGUAAUUAGUAUUAUGAGUUUGUUUGUGUGUUUGUUUAGAUGAUCUUCCCAUCAAGGGAACUUAUGUCCUUGAUGGCAUUAUAAGCCCUAACUAACUAAAUGGGAUGGAUUUGGUGUAGGCCUACUGCUGUAGAUGAAUUUGCCACAAUAUCCUGAUAGAUAGACACAGGACAGGGUUUGGAGGCAUUUAUGUUUUGUUUGAUUCUGAAAGUCAAAGAUGGAGAUGGAGAUGUGUAAAGAAGAUGCAGCGCUCCUGAAUUUACAGAAUGCGGUGCCCCGUCUUGAGGACUAUGAUGCAUCCCAAAAGUUAGGCUUCCUCUAUGAAAAUGUCACGAAUAAACUUCCGGAGUACUUUGAUCCAUGGUGGAACAUAGCAACAAGUCUUCAAGAACUUGUUGAUGAUGGAACACUUAGAGAUAAAGUUGAUAUGAUGCCUUGUCUUGACUGUAGACGCCUGGAGAGCGAAGGAGAGUGGCAAGUUGCUCACGUUGUUCUUGGUUACAUUACACAAUGUUAUGUCUGGGCUGAAGGCGAAACACGCAUUCCACAGUGUCUUCCAAAGAAUAUUGCCGUACCUUAUUGGGCAGUCUCUGAGCACUUGGGUAUCAACGCCUCGUUGUGUCAGGCUUCUUCUGUUCUCUACAACUGGGAGCUUAUUGAUUCAUCAGGCCCGUUGAUUAUCGAGAAUAUGAAAGUUAUCGUUCCUUUUGUGGGUGGCCAGGACAGCGCCUGGUUCUUUUUAGUGAGCGCCUUGGUUGAAAUGGAAUUUGGUCGUGGUUUGGCGGGUUUAGUCAAAGCCCAGCAGGCAGUAAAGGACUUGAAUACUGAUGAAUACAUCGUAGCUUUGGCCGAGGUUAAAGAAUCCCUCAGGAAGAUGCGAAAAGCUCUGCUAAGAAUGCGGGAAAGAUGUCAGCCCAGGGUUUUCUAUAACAUGCUGCGACCUUUCCUUGCUGGAUGGAACAGCAAGGCUUUCAAAGACAAAGGAUGGAAAGGUUUAAUUUACGAGGGAGUGAGUCCGGAACCAGUCAGUUGUGGAGGAGGCAGUGCAGCUCAGAGCUCAACAUUUCCAUGUCUCGACGCAGCCUUGGGCCUGAAACACCAAUCACAUGAUGAAACGCAGUGUGCAAAGUUUGCGAGAGACAUGCCACCGUUACAUCGAGACUUAAUCAAGGCAUUAGCCACGGGUCCAUCUAUCCGCCAUUUUGCUACUAUUUGCAACAAUUCCAGAGCUCUUCAAGCCUACAAGGACUGUCUGACAGCAGUCAUUGAAUUUCGUUCUGCCCACAUUCAAAUAGUUACGGAGUACAUCAUUGUCAUGUCACACCGGAAAGAUAACGAUGAGAAACACUCCAAACAGGCGGCAUAUGGCACUGGUGGAACAGGGAUCAUGAAGUUUCUAAAAGGCCUGCGCAGCACUGUGAAGACAGCCUUUCAUUUGGUCGACGAAGGAACAGAAAUAAACUAAGAGACAUCCAUGUGACCAUCUUGCAGCGACGUCACUCCCUCUUUGGCCCUGUCCGCCGACUUCCAGAAGACACUCCAGCACAUGCCGCCCUCAAGCUGAGCGUCAACGCUCGAGGGGGACUCCGUCUCGGCCCAGCCUGGUUGCGCCAGCUGGAAGUGGACCAUGGCUCACCGGCACAUUAACUGUGGCAGUCUGCAACAAAUCGAUUGGUUUGGGCGGCUCUACGUCCCCCUUGAUGGACCACAGAGAAUGAUGAUGAUGAUGAUGUGUGUUCGCACUGUAUACUCGGUACUUUCCCAAGGUUUUGUGAAUAAAGUCACAGACAUGUUACUCAGGUGGGAUUCAAAUCCUGUGCAUAAAAAAUUUAAUAUUUUUAUAAAUAAUGUGUGUACAUAUUCAUUUGUUUACAUAGUAUUUAAUCUUACUUUAUUACACACCAUCAUUUCAGUGCUAUUAUGUGAAGGACCAAUUUUAAUUUGGCAGUUUUUACACAUGAGUACAACUUAUUUAUCUGAGCACUUUGCACUUUUUUGUAGUAUUUUAUGUACUAUUUAUGUCUAUUUCAUUAAAAGAGAUCACAUCCCACAAAAAGUAACAUUGUGUAAUAUUAAAUUAUUUCUUGAGUAUAUGUAUUUUUGACUAAAGAUGAAUGAAGUACUAAGGUUAUCUUUAUAAUUUGUUUUUAUCCUUACCCCUGUUGUAAUAUGUAUAUUUAAUCUACUUCUUGAACCUCCACUCUUUCUUGUGGCUGAUGUGAGAAUAAUAAAAGCUGCCAGAAUCAGAAGAAUCGAGAAUA